UAUGUAUAUGAAUCGGUCGGGUCGGUGUAACGAAAAAAAAGGCGAGAAAAAGGAACAAAAAUGCAGUGCUGCUCUCCUUAUCCCGAUAAAUUUCGAAAAAAUCAGGCAAGGACUUGCUCUCACACGGGAAUGAAAAAAAAAAAAUAAACCGUUUUUUUUAUAGUGCUGUGCUCCUUUUUUUUCUCACAUCCUUUGACUGUGUAAUACACCUAUGGUAAUGUGUGUAUGGUGAAUGGAACGAAAUAAAUUGAAUCAAAUGCAAGCCAAGGAUAUCGCAAGGAUCCGAUCGCAAUUCCAGACGUAGCGGGUCUCCUUUUUUGUUGUUGUGUUGUGCCACUGUGUGUGUGUGUGUGUGUGUGUGUGUGCAGAAGACGGAGGCUAUAUAUUAGAGGAUAUAUUAGAGAUAUCGCCGAAUUUCCAGUGCACUCCACUGUGCCACCACUGAAAUGUGAAAUUCCCAGAGAAAUAAUGAAAUAAUAUUAACAAAAAAAAAAAAAGAAAUAUAAACGUAAACCCAAGCCGAAACGUAACGUAACGUAACGCAAAGUAACGUAACGCACACGUAACUGUAACCACAACUGCCCCAAAAAAGAAAAGUUAAAAAAUUAAUAAUUAAAAACCAGAAACCAGAAACCAGAAACCGAAACUGUAAGCGCAAAAAUUCAAAAUCAAAGAAUCUCCAAGCCAAAACAAACGUAUUUGUACGUAUAUUGAAACUAUAUACCAUACUGUAUAACUGUAUAACUAUAUAUUAUAUAUUAUAUAUUGUAUUGAAACAUCCAUACUUGUGUAUAUGUGCCUGCAGACCUAAAAACAAACUUAACUUAGUUAAAAAAAAAUCAUAAAAUCAUAAAAGAGUAAUAAAAUACGAAGCCAAAAACAAUCCAGAGACAAACACACACACACUCCUCCUCAGGACAUACAGGAUACUCUUUCAGUCGAAAAGGAUACCAGGAAAAUACUCAAAAUUGCGACCCAAGCCCUGCCCAGUUCUCAAAGCUGCACCACCGCCGCAGCCGCCAGCACCACCACCCACUUGGACCUCAACAUCAGCAGCAGCACCACCCACAGGAUGCCAGUGAAGAAGCAAGAAGCUCAUCGCGCUCUCGAGCUGCUCGAGGACUACCACGCUAGACUCUCCGAGCCGCAGGAUCGGGCGCUGCGUAUUGCAAUCGAACGCGUUAUACGCAUAUUUAAGUCUCGCUUGUUUCAAGCGCUGUUAGAUAUACAAGAAUUCUAUGAAUUGACUUUAUUGGAUGACUCGAAGAGCAUACAACAAAAAACUGCGGAGACCUUGCAAAUUGCAACAAAAUGGGAGAAGGAUGGACAGGCCGUUAAGAUAGCCGAUUUUAUAAAAACUUCAAAUUUAAAUCGCAAUUGCGCCUAUGAGUUUAACAACGACGCCUCAUCCAAUCAGACUCAGACUCAGACUCAGAAUCAGAAUCAGAAUCAGACCAACCAAUCAGCUCUCAAUCAAAAUCAGAUCGCCAAUAAUGUCGCGAACAGUGCCCAAGCACAUGCCGAGGCCCUCAGCAGAACAUUUAAGAGUGAAUUGGAAGAGAUCUUGAACCAGCGGAUGCGCAUUGAAUCGGAUACGGAAAACGCCAAGGAGGAGCCGGCCGAACAGCAGCAGCAGCAGCAGCAGCAGCAGCAGCGCAGCUCCCGAUCGCCGCAGCAGCAGAGCCAGCAACCCCUGACCCCAGCCCAGGCGGCGGGCUCGAAGCCGCGGAGUGGGUCGCAGACCGUCAAUGGCGACGACAGCUGGCUGUACGAGGACAUCCAGCUGGAGCGAGGCAACUCCGGACUGGGCUUCUCCAUCGCCGGAGGCACCGACAAUCCCCACAUCGGCACCGACACCUCCAUCUACAUCACCAAGCUGAUCUCCGGCGGAGCAGCUGCCGCCGACGGCCGGCUGAGCAUCAACGACAUCAUCGUCUCUGUGAACGAGGUGUCCGUGGUGGAUGUGCCGCACGCCGCGGCGGUGGACGCCCUCAAGAAGGCCGGCAACGUGGUCAAGUUGCAUGUGAAGCGGAAACGGGGCGCCACGGCGGCCACCACCCCGGCCCCGGGUGCGGGCGAUGCCCGGGACAGUGCGGCCGGCGGGCCGAAGGUCAUUGAGAUCGACCUGGUCAAGGGCGGCAAGGGCCUGGGCUUCUCCAUAGCCGGCGGCAUUGGCAACCAGCACAUCCCCGGCGACAACGGCAUCUACGUGACCAAGCUGAUGGACGGCGGAGCGGCUCAGGUGGACGGCCGCCUCUCCAUCGGGGACAAGCUGAUUGGAGUCCGCACCAACGGGAGCGAGAAGAAUCUGGAGAAUGUAACGCACGAACUGGCGGUGGCCACGCUGAAGUCCAUCACCGACAAGGUGACACUCAUCGUGGGCAAGACCCAGCACCUGACCAGCAGCGCCUCGGUCGGGGGAGGAGGCCUCUCGGCCGGACAGCAGCUGUCGCAGUCGCAGUCCCAGUUGGCGACCAGCCAGAGCCAGAGCCAAGUCCACCAGCAGCAGGCGCACAUGGCCAACUCGCAGUCAACAGGUGCGCUAAACAGUGUGGGCCAUACGGUUGUGGAUGCGGCGCCCCAAUCUGUAGCGGUUGCGGCAGCGGCAUCUGCAACCGCAUCAGCAACUGCAUCUGCAUCUGCAUCUGCAUCUGCAUCAGUCAUUGCCAGCAACACAAGCACAGUCACCACAGUCAGCAAAUUGCCGCCGUCGCUUAGCAAUAAUAGCAAUAACAUCAACAACAACAUUACCAGCAGCAGCAGCAGCAACAGCAACAACACCGUCACCACCAACAACAACAACAACAACAACAACAACAACAGCAGCAGCAGCAGCAGCAGCAACAGUGGCAACAUACACGUUGCAGCAACAACUGCAGCUGCACCACCCGCCUCUGCCCCAGCCACCUUCUAUAACAAUAACGCUUCCAUGCCCGCCCUGCCCGUUCUCGAGUCCAAUGCGACCACCACCAACCGCUCCCAAUCACCCCAGCCGCGUCAGCCCGGCUCGCGUUACGCCUCCACAAAUGUCCUGGCCGCCGUACCACCAGGAACUCCGCGCGCCGUCAGCACCGAGGACAUCACCAGGGAGCCGCGCACUAUUACCAUACAGAAGGGACCUCAGGGCCUGGGCUUCAAUAUUGUGGGCGGCGAGGACGGCCAGGGCAUCUACGUGUCCUUCAUUCUGGCCGGCGGCCCUGCGGAUCUCGGCUCGGAGCUGAAGCGCGGCGACCAGCUGCUCAGCGUAAACAAUGUCAACCUAACGCACGCCACUCACGAGGAGGCGGCCCAAGCGCUCAAGACUUCAGGCGGCGUAGUCACCCUGGUGGCGCAGUACCGGCCGGAGGAGUACAACCGGUUCGAGGCCCGCAUCCAGGAGCUGAAGCAACAGGCCGCCCUCAGUGCCGGCGGUACGGGAACGCUGCUCCGCACCACGCAGAAGCGAUCGCUGUACGUGCGGGCCUUGUUCGACUACGAUCCGAAUAGGGACGAUGGCCUGCCCUCCAGGGGACUGCCCUUCAAGCACGGCGACAUCCUGCACGUGACCAACGCCUCCGACGACGAGUGGUGGCAGGCGCGCCGCGUUCUGGGCGACAACGAGGACGAGCAGAUCGGCAUUGUGCCCUCGAAGCGGCGCUGGGAGCGCAAGAUGCGGGCCAGGGAUCGCAGCGUCAAGUUCCAAGGACACGCGGCGGCCAACAACAAUCUGGACAAGCAAUCGACAUUGGAUCGAAAGAAAAAGAAUUUCACAUUCUCGCGCAAGUUUCCGUUUAUGAAGAGUCGCGAUGAGAAGAAUGAAGACGGAAGCGACCAAGAGCCCAACGGAGUUGUGAGCAGCACCAGCGAACUAGACAUCAAUAGUGUCAACAACAAUCAGUCGAACGAGCCGCAACCCUUUAUGCUUUGCUACACACAAGACGAUGCCAAUGCUGAAGGAGGCGAGAUUAUCUACAGGGUGGAGCUACCCGAUAUGGAGCAGAUAACUCUGAUCUACUUGGAGAAUAGCGAUGCUGACUAUCCUUCCGAGGAGAAUGUGCUGUCCUACGAGGCCGUGCAGCGCCUGUCCAUCAACUACACGCGUCCCGUGAUCAUCCUGGGACCGCUGAAGGAUCGCAUCAACGAUGACCUAAUAUCCGAGUACCCCGACAAGUUCGGCUCCUGUGUGCCACAUACCACCCGACCCAAGCGGGAGUACGAGGUGGAUGGCCGGGACUACCAUUUCGUGUCCUCGCGCGAGCAGAUGGAGCGCGACAUCCAGAAUCAUCUGUUCAUCGAGGCGGGGCAGUACAACGACAACUUGUACGGCACCUCGGUGGCCAGUGUGCGCGAGGUGGCCGAGAAGGGCAAGCACUGCAUCCUGGACGUGUCCGGGAAUGCCAUCAAGCGGCUGCAGGUGGCCCAGCUCUACCCCGUGGCCGUCUUCAUCAAGCCCAAAUCAGUGGACUCUGUGAUGGAGAUGAAUCGUCGCAUGACGGAGGAGCAGGCCAAGAAGACUUACGAGCGGGCUAUAAAGAUGGAGCAGGAGUUCGGCGAAUACUUUACCGGCGUGGUCCAGGGCGACACCAUCGAGGAGAUCUACAGCAAAGUGAAAUCGAUGAUCUGGUCCCAGUCGGGACCAACCAUCUGGGUACCAUCCAAGGAAUCUCUAUGACCAACAGCCACCACAACCUGGACACUGCCGCCUCGAGUUCGCUGUCGACCCGUAUCGAGAUCCAACACGUCGGCAGCCGGAGGAGCCAACAGUCAGCAGCAGUCGCAACAGAAAACGCCGCACUGAUGAUGCAUCACAGAAGCAACAGUAGCUACAACAAUGACAGCAACAGGAACAGUAACAGCAACAGAAACCGGAAACACGGACAAUGACAAUUGACUGGAAAAGAAAAACAGCUAAACUAAACAGAUAUAUAUAUAUAUAAAUAUAUAUAUAUACGUAUAAUAAUAUAAUGACGCAGCCGCAGCAGCCAACUUAAUGUAGCAAAUUGUCCAACAACUUUUUUUUGGAUGCACACACACAGAGACACUCACGGGAGGUACGUCCAGAAGGACGUACAAUCCCAGAUCCCUGAUCCCAGACGCGAAGAGGAGCUGUAGAAGAGCGAGGAACAUCAGAGCAAAGCAUUUGGCAUCGUAGAGACAACCAGGAAGAUAAACAAAUAACCUUAAAUGGGUGUUCAAACUGAAGUGGAAGAGGGUGUAUAGUUUUUAGUUAGAGAAACAAAAAUGUUGGAAACAAAAGCGAAAUAUUAUAAUAAUUGUAUGAACAAGCCACUUAUAUAUAGACUAAGGAGUAACCCAGAUGGAUGAGGAUAUAGGAUGGAGGACAGAGGAUAACGGAUAACGGAUGAAGGAUAAACGAUAAACGAUGAAAGGAUAAAGCUUAGAGAAGUUCGUUAAGCGCUAGAGUGUUGUUUGUUUAUGUUGAUGUUUAUAUACGAGAGCCAAGAGUUAUAGCGAGUUAGUUAUGUUGACGAUAAUGUGUUUUUUGAUAUAUAUUGAUCUAUAUAUAUAUAAAUAUGUAUACAUGCAUAAGAGCCGGCAGACAGACAUACACACACACGGAUGCUAAUGCAUAAUGUAACUUUAAGUACGACAAUGUUUAGUAGCUGACUACGGAAAUAAUGACGAUGACACGGAUGUUGCUGAAGCAGAAGCAGAAGCGGAACCGGAAGCGAUAGUCAGAGAGAACCAGAGAGAGAGAGAGAGAGCUAGAGGGAGAGUGUGACGAUAACGAUUUACGAUUACGAUUAAUGAUAAAUAUAUUGAUGAAUAUAUAAAGCUAACAAAGAAAUGAUGAGGAUGAAGAACGUUGGUGCAUUUGUUGUUAGAUGUAUGUAAUUUUUCCCACUCGCCUUUGCCUAAAGCAACACAAACGAUAUAACUUUAAAUCCACACCCAAACAAACAAACAAUGCGUAUAAACGAGAGAAAGCUAAUGGAAAUUUUGCAUUAAAGCCCCAUUCAUUUAUUCAUACUACCAUGUCUACUUACACUCGAAACAUUUAGCAUAUAGCCCGCAAGAAAUCGUCGAAAUCGAAAUAUUCGCGCGCUCCUUUUGAAACGCGUCCACAAAGUCAUUUAACUAAAUAAAUAAUUAAAUAAAUAUAUACAGAUAUAUAUGUAUUGAUAUAUAUAUAAACACGAAACACCGCAUAAUUGUAAACUACGGCAACCGAGAAGGAAGGCAGCAGGAACGCAGGGAGACUUGAAGGGGAAAGGAAAAGCAAUUUGUUGUCGCGUUGAUUUAAAUAUAAUGGGUAAAAUAUAUUGUAUAUUUAACGAUCUAUGAAGGAAAAACAAAUAUAGUUUGUAGAUAAACACACACAGACACACAACCCAUAAAGAACAUACAUGGAUUACCGUUGCGGUCUAAUUUUAUAAAAAAAAAAAAAAGGUAAAUAAUUAAAAGAUAACAAUACACCUCGUAUUGGAGACAAAUCGAAUAAAUAAUAACAAAUAAACUAAAUUAAAUGAUAACACAAAGAGCUGGAGAUGAGAUCAACUUAAAUUAGAUACUAUAUAUUUGCUGAUUAAUUUAUAUAAACCAAUUUACGAUUUAUAGCCAACGCACACUGAGAGAAAAUAUGCAAACCACAUAUAAUUGCUAUCGAAAUUUGUUCAAGAAAAUUUAGCAAAAUUCAAGUUGAGUGUUAAUAUUAUUAUUCAUAAACGAAAGAUACGCAUAUACGAUUUUUUUUUAAAUAUAUUACUUACUACUAUUAUUAUUAUUUCCUCUUUCUCCUCUCCUCCUCCUCCGUCUCCUACUUGAAAUAUUCAAAUAUCCUUAUUUUUUUUUUUACUUUUACUCUUUUUUGUAAAAUGGAAAAAAGAAACGUUGACAAUGCCAGAGCAGCAGCUAUGGAUAUUAUUUAAAAAAUAUAUAUACAUACAUAUAAAUACUACGCAAUUACAGCAGAAAGAAGCAAGAAUUCAUUAUGAUUUUUCACAAUGUAUACGCCCCGAGAGCAUUGUUAUAUUUAAUAAACAGAACCUAAACCUAAAAGUGGGACACAAUUAACUGAAACAUCUAUGCGAAUAAUUUCGAGUCUAACGAUAAAUAACUUAAAAAGAAUCCAACACACGUCCCCCAGACACGAAGACGAAGACGACCUUAACUGUAAUAAACAAGCAAAAUAAAAAUUCAAACAAAUCGCAAA